AUGCACGUACACUACUCCAAUGCCGCUCCUCCAUUGAACAUCAUAGUACCAUUCAAAAACCAAAGCGGAAAUCGAACCCGUUUCAUAAAUUUCGCAAUCCCAUCUGCAUAUGCCUCAACCAAGGAUGUCUGGCGUCGGAGACAGUCGGCUCCGUCUCAACCGUCACGCCGAAAGGAAAAGGUGGUUUACUUGGACCAUAGCGUUGACAUGGAUGAGCUGUUAUCGUCAAUUGGGCAGACUGAAAAUGAGCACCAACUGUAUGCUGUAAUGUCACAGUAUAAAGAUCGAGUUCUUUCUAUUCGGUUCAUGGUCAGUCUUUUAUCACGUGAGCCUGAUUGGCAAAGGUCGUUGGCGUUGCUGGAUUGGAUUAAUGAGGAAGCCCUUUACACUCCCUCGGUGUUUGCAUACAACGUUGUGUUGCGCAAUGUGCUGCGAGCGAAGCAGUGGGCUCUUGCUUAUGGACUGUUCGACGAAAUGCGUCAACGAUCGCUUUCACCUGACAGGUAUACUUAUUCUACUCUAAUUACGCAUUUUGGGAAAGAGGGCAUGUUUGAUGAAGCUUUGUCUUGGCUUCAGAAAAUGGAACAGGAUCGGGUGUCAGGGGACCUGGUUUUGUACAGCAAUUUGAUUGAGUUGUCGCGAAAAUUGUGUGAUUACUCGAAGGCCAUUUCAAUUUUUUCGAGGCUGAAAAGAUCUGGUAUAACUCCUGAUCUUGUUGCCUAUAAUUCAAUGAUUAAUGUGUUUGGGAAAGCUAAGCUUUUUCGAGAAGCACGGUCAUUGAUUAGUGAAAUGAGGUCAGUGGGGGUUAUACCUGACACUGUGAGCUACUCUACGCUUUUGACCAUGUAUGUUGAGAAUCAGAAGUUUUUGGAGGCGUUGUUGGUGUUUUCAGAGAUGAGGGAGGUUAAGUGUUUGCUUGAUCUCACGACUUGUAACAUAAUGAUCGAUGUGUAUGGGCAGCUCGACAUGGCAAAGGAUGCGGAUAGGCUGUUUUGGAGCAUGAGGAAGAUGGGAAUAGAACCAAAUGUUAUUAGUUAUAAUACCCUUUUGAGGGUAUAUGGUGAUGCUGAGCUCUUUGGGGAGGCAAUUCAUUUGUUUAGGUUGAUGCAGAGAAAGGAUAUUGAGCAGAACGUUGUUACGUAUAACACCAUGAUUAAGAUUUAUGGGAAGACACUUGAGCAUGAAAAGGCUAAUAAUCUUAUUCAAGAGAUGCAGAGUAAGGGUAUUGAGCCCAAUGCUAUUACUUAUUCAACAAUAAUAUCAAUUUGGGGUAAGGUAGGGAAGUUGGAGCGAGCAGCGAUGCUGUUCCAGAAACUGCGGAUCUCUGGGAUUGAUAUUGAUCAGGUUCUUUAUCAAACAAUGAUCGUUGCAUAUGAGAGGGCUGGUUUGGUUGCUCAUGCUAAACGUCUGUUGCACGAACUGAAGCGUCCAGAUAAUAUUCCCAGAGAAACUGCAAUUACUAUUCUUUCUGGCGCUGGUCGAGUAGAAGAAGCCACUUGGGUUUUCAGACAGGCUGUCGAUGCUGGAGAGGUGAAAGAUAUAGCAGUCUUUGAGUGCAUGAUUGGUCUUUUCUCUAGAAACAGAAAGUACACAAAUGUUAUUGAAGCUUUUGAGAAGAUGAGAAGUGCUGGAUAUUUUCCUGAUUCUAAAGUCAUAUCUUUUGUGCUCAAUGCCUAUGGGAAAUUGAGGGAGUUUGAAAAAGCAGAUGCCCUAUAUAAGGAGCUUCGGGAAGAGGGGUGUGUUUUCUCGGACGAAGUGCACUUCCAGAUGCUGAGCCUUUGCGGUGCAAGGAGAGACUUCGAGAUGGUUGACAAGUUAUUUCAGAGCCUGGACUUGGAUCCUAAUGUCAAUAAGAAAGAGUUGCAUCUUGUUGUGGCUAGUAUAUAUGAAAGAGCGAAUAGAUUAAACGAUGCGUCUAGAGUCAUCAAUCAAAUGAGUGACAGAGGAAUAUUGAAGUCUUGA